AUGUCGGUUCCCCGCAGCCGAACAAUUGACAGGCAGAACGAUGGGAAUCGAUACUCGGGGUCACACAAAAGGAAAAUUUUAAUUUCACUGCUCUACGUCAAUACCGUGUCUGCUUCUGCUGCCUCCACCACUAGCAGUGAAAGUGUGCAAGCUGCUUCUGCUCCCUCCACCACUAGCAGUGAAAGUGACCCUCCUGCUUCUGCUACCCCCACCACUAGCAGUGAAAGUGUGCAAGCUGCUUCUGCUGCCUCCACCACUAGUAGUGAAAGUGUGCAAGCUGCUUCUGCUGCCUCCACCACUAGCAGUGAAAACUCCUUCACUUAUGGUACAGUCUUCUCCACUGAUGGUACAGUCACCUCCACUCAUGGUACAAUCUCCUCCACUGAUGGUACAGUCACCUCCACUGAUGGUACAAUCUCCUCCACUGAUGGUACAGUCACCUCCACUGAUGGUACAAUCUCCUCCACUGAUGGUACAGUCACCUCCACUGAUGGUACAGUCACCUCCACUGAUGGUACAGUCUCCUCCACUGAUGGUACAGUCACCUCCACUGAUGGUACAGUCUCCUCCACUGAUGGUACAGACUCCUCCACUGAUGGUACAGACUCCUCCACUAUUGGUACAGACUCCACUUAUGGUACAGACUCCUCCACCGACGUCUGUUACCUGCUGAUCUCCUCCUGUGGUCGCUGUGCUGCGUCCCGACUCCGCACACACCAUAGUGGCUUCCUGGAGGAAGUGAAGAUAAUGGUCCGAGAGCUGCCUCCUCCCCCGUCCCUCUCCGGUACUAACAAUGUUACCAGGAGAGCCGCUCAACAUAAAGCAAUUCAGCAGCAAGAGGAGUCUCGUCGACGUAUUGAAUCACUUGACAGUCGUCGACGUAUUGAAUCACUUGACAGUCGUCGACGUAUUGAAUCACUUGACAGUCGUCGACGUAUUGAAUCACUUGACAGUCGUCGACGUAUUGAAUCACUUGACAGUCGUCGACGUAUUGAAUCACUUGACAGUCGUCGACGUAUUGAAUCACUUGACAGUCGUCGACGUAUUGAAUCACUUGACAGUCGUCGACGUAUUGAAUCACUUGACAGUCGUCGACGUAUUGAAUCACUUGACAGUCGUCGACGUAUUGAAUCACUUGACAGUCGUCGACGUAUUGAAUCACUUGACAGUCGUCGACGUAUUGAAUCACUUGACAGUCGUCGACGUAUUGAAUCACUUGACAGUCGUCGACGUAUUGAAUCACAUGACAUUUACUGA